AUGAAUCGAUCACACAUCAUACGCAUCAACUCCAAAGUCGCCUUAUCCAUUGUCGCCAUCAACGCCAACCACACGCCUGGAAGCGUCAUGUUUCAUGUAUCUGGAGGUUUUGGCAACCGCCUGCACUCGGGGGAUUUCAGAUACGACCCUAAGAUUCACACCACCGAGAACUUCCCGUGCUUGGGGCGAGUGGACGAACUGUACCUUGACACAACGCUGUUUCAUCCCUCCUGGUCUUUUUCUCUGACCAAGGAGCAAUCGUGUGAAAUCAUCGUGAACAUCAUCAGGGACUUUGGAUUGGAUCGGGAGAUACACCUGGUCCUGGAUUACUUCGGCCAAGAAAGUAUUAUCAAAGCGAUCUACAAGGCAUUUGAGGAAAAGAUCUUCUUGAACCUUGAUGCCAAUCUCAAUGCUCAGACUCGACAUGUGUGGACAGCAUGGUCGCGGUCCAGUCACCUGAAGCACGCUUUAACCACAAGCAAGGAUUGCUCUACUAGAUUUCAUGCCUGCUCGACUCGUCGGCCAAGACCAAACUCCAACCAGGUCACAUCGAAUGAAGAAGAGAAUUGCACAGUCUAUAUGGUCAAGAAGACUUUCUGCAUGCAGCAAAACCAGAAAUUUCCUAUCAUUAUUCGGCCUUCUACGUUAGCUUUUUGCCGUACAGACUGUGAACAAGAAAAUGAUGAAUUUUUGAAGAAUGGCCACAUAGUACGUGUAUGCUUCGAAGAUGGAAGACUGGACCAUAAUGGAAUUUUCAGAGUUUUCUACUCUAUGCAUGCAACGCAUUCGGAGCUGUGCAGCUUCUAUGACGUCACGGGGAAACCAGCACAAGUGUACCAGGCGAUGCCUGGCCAGGCGCCGGAGAGAAUAGCGAAUGAGAAGCUCGAGGAUUCCUUGGAGAUGUCAAAGUACUCUCAUGGCUUCAACCCGAGGCUGCGGACAAGCAGCGACGGGACCAACUUUCUUUACGGAGUGAUCGAUUUUGACAAAGAGAGCGUGAAAAAGAUGCUCCAGCGGACCGAGAAUCUUUACCGUGACUGGUUUGCGCGCACCUUCGUGCCCUCGGAGUUGACGUCAGUUGCCAAGGACCAGGCGCCAAGCAAGAAAGGAGCAGCAGCUGGAGCAAAAGCAAUCCCUCAUGACGACCCGAGGCCAGUUCGCUUCAUUUCCCUCAAGGAGGCAGGCAGGCAGUAUGCAAGACUCAAGUACCACGAUCUCACCGAGCUUGAUCAGUUCGAGAAGGAAAAUGCUGUGAACCGAUGA